GAGAUUAGUGUUUGUUAUUAUUUACGUUAGACAUAAUAUUAUUAAACUUUGAAGUUUUGAAUUAUAGCUUUUAAGAAAUGUUUCAAAUUAAUCGUAGUUCGCAGAGUGUUCAUCAGCUUUUCGUAUGGAUUUCGAAUUGGUGUGUUGAGAAAUCUAUUAUUUUGUUGAAUGUUAAUUGAACAGCCAUCAAAUAUUGCUUAAAAGCAUGGGAUUCUUCGAUGGAGCAGAACAAUGAUACAUUAAAAGUUGAAGAUGUGUUUAUGCUGCUUGAGACAUUAAAGUCUAAUGGCACAUUUGAUGAAAUCCGUAAGCAUUGUAUUACUGAUAUCUAUUCUAAGCUAACUUACCAAAAUUGGAAACAGCUCAUAGAAUCAAAUGUCAACAAAUUUUUAAGUAAAGUUAAAUUUACACCGGAAUUAAACAAAAACACUGUUCGAGAACGUCUUAGAAAACAGUUACUUUAUGGAUGUGAAACUCAAGAUAUUGAAGAAGGAGCUGAUAGAAUACUUACUCAAGUACUUGCACCCCAUUCAUUAAGUAUUUUUGAACAUAAAAUAGCAGUUGCUGUUGAUGAAUACUUCGGGAUCAAAAAUAAAGCACCUCCAAUUGAACUAAACGGAUUAAAAGAAUCUAGUAUGAAUUUAUUAAAAGCAUCUAAUAUUGAAAUGAGCACUGUUCUCAAUUCCAAAAUAGAUUUUAUCCCAGAUGCUGAUAACAUGGUGUACGAUAAAACACUAAAAGGUAAUAGAAAAAACUUGAGAUCAGGCAAAAAAGAAAAAUCUUCCAGUCUUUGUAAAGAGUCCAAAUCAUUGAAAAGCAAUCAAAGUGAAGAUACAAAUUGUGUAGGAGGAUCUUCAAAACAAAAGAGUAGCCAACACAAAACUUCUACAUCUGACAAGUCUUCCUCUAGUUAUCAUAAAAUUAGUAAAAAAGAUAAAAGUUGUAAAGAAGUUGUUGAAAAAUAUAACGAUGUCACUAAUAAUCCUAAAUCUGUUCUUAAUAAGUCUAAAGAUGUUAGUAAGCCUAAAGACAUUGUUGAUAAGUCUAAGGAAAAAUCAUUUUUGUCAAAGAAUUCUAAUAAUUUAAGUCAUAAAAGUAACCAAACAGAUAGAAAAAGAACUAAACGUUCUCUUGAAGAGAAAAAAAAAUCAUCUAGUUUUUGUAAAAAGCCUAAAUUAUUGAACGGUAAUCAAAAUGAUGAUGAAAGUAAUUCAGGAGGAUCUCCAAGACAAAAAAGUACCAUACACAAAAAUAAAAGUUCUUCGUCUGACAAAACCAAGUCGUCCUCAAGUAAUCAUAAAAGUAGUGGAAGAGAUAAUAAUACUACAGACGUUGUUGAUCGGUCUAAAGGCAAAUCUUUGUCAAAAAAAUCUAGUAGUACUGACUUUAUAAAUAAAUCUGAAGGCAAAUCGUUGUUAAUAUUUUCUGAUAGAACUGUUGAUAAGUUAAAAGACAAAUAUUUAUCAAACAAUUUGAGUGGUACUGAUGUUGAUGGGUCUAAAGACAAAUCAUUGUCAAAGAAUUAUACUAGUUCUGACAUUGAUAAGCAUGAAAAGAGAUCUUUGUCAAAAAAUACUUGUUUUAUAGACAUUGUCGAUAAAUCUAAAAACAUAUCUUUGUCGAAAAAUUCCCGUAGUACAGAUAUAACUGAUAAGUAUAAAAUCAAAUCCUCUUUAAUAAAAAAUACUAGAUGCACAGGGGUCCUUGAAAAGUCUAAGGACAAAUCUUUGUCAAAAGAUUCUAGUAGCUCAAGUCAUAAAAGUAAUCAUACUGACACUAAAAGGCUUAAACUUUCUCCAGUGGAAAAAAUGAAAUCAUCUACAAAUAAAGUUAGUGAUGAAGAAAGGAAACCAGAAGAACCAGAAAAAUCUGAAUUGAAUGAUUUUCAAAAUUCUAUUCAUUCUAAUAAUGACAUAGAUGUAAUAAUGAAAGAUUCUGCGAGUACCUUAUCCAAUCAAAUAUUACACGAGGAAAUUGAAAAUAAUGGUGCAAAAGUAUUGGAUAAUGACAAAUCACUUUAUACCUUUAAAGGAUUUUCUUUAGUGGAUGCUAUUCCAUGUAAAAAUGAUCAACUAUUAAAAAAUGUGAUCAAAACCUUACAAGUACAAACAAAUAAUCUUGAUAAAAUUGACAAUGGAUUCAAAGGGUUUACCAGUGCAGAAACAAAUCCGUGUAAACAUCGAGAUAUUGUUUAUGCGGAGCUAAUUAAAUUGAAAGAAAGUAAAUCCAGUACAGGUUUUAUAGGAUUCUCCAAAGAAGAUACUGUGAUAAGUAUUGGACAUAAACAUGUCGUUAAACUACUUCAACUUUCCAAAAAACGAAAUAAUGUAAAUAAUUUUCAACAAAAUGUGAUGUGUAUUGGUAAUGGAAUCCAGAACGGAAAACCGUUAAAUGAAGUUAUGGCAGCACAUUUAUAUAAAAGUAACAAUGAUAAUGAUGCAAAGUCAAAAAAGAAUGACAGCCCACCAAUUAAUGAUACAAAAAAAGAUAGUCCUACUGUAAAUAAUAAUCACAAUCAUGACAAUUGGGUUGUUAAACAAGAAAUUAAAUAUAAACUUUUACCUGUAGUGAAACUUGAAAGACUUACAUAUGAAUGUAAUAAUACUAACCGUGUCGACCAGGUACCCAUAUAAUUAACAGUAGAAAAGAACAUUUAUAACAAGAAUUGUUUCUUCAAAAUUAUUUGAAAAAAGGUAUGAAAUAUUAUCUUGAUGAAAAUAAGAUAAUAUAUAAGAUUAUAUAAGAUAUUUAUACAUUUAUUUAGCCAAAAUAUAGUUUUCUUUCAGAAUAAUCAAUUGUAAUCAUUAGGGUUCGGGACUUAUUGCAUACAAAUUACAAACUAUAAGAAAUAUACACUAAAAAUAACUGAAAAAUAUGCAACUGAAUAUUUUUUUAAUGACAAUUAAAAAAUUUGAUUUAUUCAUUUAAAUUAAGACAAUUUGUUUUAAUAAGUAUAUUUUGGACAACAAUAAACAUUAUAUUACUGUGUAUGUUUGAUUUCAUUUUCUUCAACUUCUCCUAUAAUGAAAAAAAGGUUUGGUAUUUUAUUUAAUAUUAAAUCUAAAAAUAAUGAAUUGUUUAUCUGUAGAGUUUAACAGUACAAUAAGACAUUUUCUGAUGUUAUCAAAUUUAAAUGCACGGCAGUUGUUGGUCAGCAAUUUUUUAUAAAUUGAAAAUGAACGUUCCACUUCUAUUUUCUUUUUUUAUACUCUAAACGAUCAAUAGACUAUAGUAUACAUAGGAACAAUUAGGUGUUUCCCUAGUUGCCAAAUCCAGUUAAUAAUGUUAUUAUCUCAUCUUUAUUCAUAAACCGAGUUAUACGGAGAAACAAUUCAGUCUAAUAUCAGAAAUAAUUUCCUUUUUGUCCCUGUCCUGACUCGUUCUAUGAUUAGGACUUAGGGGAGGUAUAUUGAUUGACGCAUGAAUGUAAAAAAUAAUAAUUUUAACCUUUAAAAUAAAUUUACUUGAUAUAAAAUGAAAACUGCGUAAAUAUGCUAUAAAUAACAGUUAAAUUAACAACAUUUGUCAAAUAUGUGUUUUCCUCAGAAAACUGCGAAAUAUGUGAAAAUAUGCAAUUAAAAUUUUUGAUUUCAAUAUGUUAUGACUUAAAUCAAAUUUAUAUCUUACUUAGAUUAUUCUGCUGUCAUUAUCAAACAAUAUGCAAAUGCAACAAGUCCCGAAUCCUAGAAAUUAACUAAACUGUCAAUCUCAUAAUGUUUAAAAUUAUUUAUUUUAACUUGACAAAACAUUAAAAAAUUAAAUGUUUGAAGACUGUUGAAAAUUAUAUUUUUUUAGUAUUAAUUAUUUUGAUCAUAAUUCAAAAAAUAUAAAUUUUAAAUUGUCCUUAUAAAUAUUUCCUAUAAUAGUAUAAUCAGGAGUACUAAAGUAUUUUUCGCCUAAAUGCCAGAAUGUGGGUUAUUUGACAUUGGAAUCAUCCAUAAAUUACAUAGGACCCUAUUCGUUGCUAGAACUAUUAAUUCAAUAUUGUGUUAAAUAUCCUGUUAAAUGUUGCUUCUGUGCCUAUGUGGCUAUAUGCGUAUAUAUCAUACCUUACAAAUCGUAGUAAUACUGCAUAACCAAUGCUUGUAUGGAAAUCGGCUAAUUUAUAGAUCUUGUAAGACGAAAAAAAAACCAUUAAUUCUCUGCAAUAUUUUUACCAUACAACAGUUAUUAUGUAAGCCCUUUAUGUAGAACCGAAGAAAACACAUACGGCCAGAGCUAUGAGCCAGCUCUAGGAAUACAAUGUAUGGUCUCUACUUUCUAUAGAUUAUAGAUAAAAUUUAAAAUUAUUGUUUCUAUGUAUAAAUUGGUUUAUUUUUU